AUGGCCACCAACAUCACCUUCCACCCGGGCUCCGUCAGUGCCGGUGAAAGAUCGCAGUUGCUCAACCAGAAGGGAGUCACCAUCUGGUUGACCGGCCUCAGUGCUAGCGGCAAGUCUACCAUCGCCUGUGCUCUCGAGCAAUCCCUGUUGCACCAAGGCAAGUUUGCCUACCGCCUUGACGGAGACAACGUCCGCCUCGGUCUCAACAAAGACCUCGGCUUCGAUGAGGACUCCCGAGUGGAGAACAUUCGGCGUAUCGGAGAGGCAAGUACAUGUCACGUUGCCAAAUUGUUCAACGAUGCGAGCUGCUUCGCUAUCACGGCGUUCAUAUCACCGUAUCUGCUAGACCGGAAAACAGUUCGCGAACUGCACGAGAAAGCCAACCUUGGCUUCGUCGAAGUCUUCGUGGAUGCUCCACUCAGCAUUGUCGAGCAACGCGACCCCAAGGGCUUGUAUAAGAGAGCUCGCACCGGGGAAAUCAAAGAUUUUACCGGUAUAUCAGCCCCCUACGAGCCGCCCGAGAAUCCGGAAAUUCAUAUCAGAACGGAUGAAUGCGAUGUUACCCAGGCCGUGAAGACUAUCACCGAAUACCUUGUGUCCCACGGUUACCUUUAG